AUGAAGUUCUCUCUUAUUGCUCUUGCCACCCUCUUGCCCGCGACGGCCUUCAGCGCAGCAAUGCCUGAGGACGCCGCAGAUGCUGCCCCGACCUUUUACACUGGAUCAGAUAUUCCUGCCUUGAACCUCGAAGAGCGAGACCUGGAGAAGCGAGCUGUCAGCGGAUAUGUCAAGACCGAUGGGCUCCGCUACCGGACUUGUCCCCGGACCACCUGCACCGCUGUUGGCCAAUAUGCCAAGGGCACUAAGCUCAGCCUGGUCUGCUACACUCGGUCCAACACUACACCAGUCAAUGGUGACAAGGGCUGGGCCAAGUUGACGAAUGGCUACUGGGUUGCGAUGGCGAACGCUGCGUAUAUCGGAUGGAGCGGCCCACUUCCCGCCUGUUAG